UAUACAAACUUGUGAAUAGUGUGCGCUAGAUCGGACUAUGAAAGUGUGCAACCGUCUAACCUUCAUGCAUGAUGUUAACGCAGCCUUUGCGGAAGACAAGGCGUACCUCUUGUUGUUAAAGUUCCACUGUUUCCUCCAACUGUUUGCCCAGAGCGGCACAGGACUCGUAUUCAGCCGGACCGGCAGCUGAACUGCUUGCCGCAAUUGUAAAAUACCACACUGGGAUUUUUGGAAACUUUUUUAUGUACAUGACUGCUUACUUUUAAGCAGUGAGCUCUCUCGAAAGCAGUGAUAGGCUACACACAGCGAGUCGAGAAGCAGACACUUUUCAGACUAACUUUCUACGCGUGUGGCCACUGCGUCCUACACUGCCUCAGUGAACUUACACACAGACUGUUGGAGAGGCAAGACUGUUUCAGACAGCAGAACAUUCAGACUAGUUACGGAUCUUUUUGGCAAACCAUUUGAACUGUUUCUGUGAAGGCGCAUGUUCACAGAUUGAGCGAUGGUGGAGCAGACAAACACUACGGACAACACAGACUUGCUUCCCGGUGAAUCCGGGGAGAUGGACCUAGACAUGGACGCGUCCCCAACUCCUGGGUCCCCAAGCUCGACUGGGGAUAAGAUGGACGUCGCAUGGUGCAAGACCCCGACCGGCCACAUCAAAAGGCCGAUGAAUGCCUUCAUGGUCUGGUCGCAGAUCGAGAGGCGCAAGAUCAUGGAGCAGUCCCCGGACAUGCACAACGCCGAGAUCUCCAAGCGCCUCGGCAAGCGGUGGAAACUGCUCAAAGACAGCGACAAGAUCCCCUUCAUACGGGAAGCUGAGCGACUCAGACUGAAGCACAUGGCCGACUAUCCGGACUACAAGUACCGGCCACGGAAGAAAGUCAAGUCCACCAGCGGCAAGGCAAGCGAAAAGGGGGACAGGAGCAGCACCAAGAGCUCAUCCAAGAAGGCUAGUGGGUCAAAAUCCCUCGGCCGGACGCACAAGUCAGGGCUGGGGAGCGCCCGGUCCUCAUCACAUGAACAAGUUUCACACUCCGUCCCCACAGACCACUACUCCUUGUACAAGACCAAGUCAGCCUCAGCAGCGAAGCAGAUACCGGACAAGCCGGCGAAGCGGUCCCACAGUUACGGGGGCAGAAACCAUGACAGCAGCCCGCCUGUGGCUGUGCCAGCCAGUCCCACCCUCAGCAGCUCGGCGGAGUCCAGUGACCCCCUCAGCCUGUACGAAGAUGGAGUGUCCAGCGGUAAAGAAAGCGGGGACGACUCCCCAAACUCGCACUCUGCUGCGCGCCUCAACUACACGCGGGUAGCAUCGCCGACACCCUCUGCCUCACACUCCUCCUCGUCGCAGUCCUCGUCAUCAGACGAAGAAUUCGAAGAUGACUUGCUGGACCUUAACCCAAGCCCCGGCUUCGACAGCAUGUCUCUCGGCAGCAUUGGCUCGGCCGCAUUGGACAGAGAUCUGGAUUUUCAUUUCGAAUCAGGCUCGGGCUCUCACUUUGAGUUCCCCGACUACUGCACCCCUGAAGUGAGCGAAAUGAUAUCAGGGGACUGGCUUGAGUCGACUAUCUCUAACUUAGUGUUCACCUAUUGAAUGCAUAGUACAGAGACACGCUUUGCCAUAUAAGAAAACACAGCCAGUGCUUGUGGUGACAUCUUUAUGACUUUCGUAAAGAUAAAGCAGGAUUGAGAAGUCCCGUUGAAACAAGCCAGAAAACGCUCCGUCAACCACACGACCCACGAGUGUCUGAAAUUACAGAACUAGAACUCCGGAUGCCCUCCCUGACAAGAGCGCAAAUGAAAAUGCUUAGCUUGCUCAAUUGGUAGCUGGGAGGGAUGUUGAAGUCAGUGUGCGACCCAGGCGCAGUCGCUUACUGAAACGAGCGGUGAACCUGGGACACUUGCAGCGGGGCGAGUUGAGGUUGUCUCCCUGAAUGAACUGUGUUUUGAUGAAAAGGGACUCAGCCAGAUGUCUGACCUGGGUAGGGCGAAGGAUGGGACGUGAUAAGCGAGUGAUACUGAAUGGAGAGUCCCUCACCCCCCAUCAUCGACAUGGGUUUAUAUACCACAAGUGGUGGCUUAAAACACUUACAAACCGAAACGCAUGCUCUCAUUUUGAGAUUUAUACAAGAACUGUCUAACAGUUUAACUAGUGUUAAUUUAAAUGUAAUGACGGCGCAAUGUUUGAUGACGCAAAAAGGAACACAAUCACCAGCUUCUGUAACUUCAGGACUGAAAUGCAUCGCAGAUGCGUUUCACUUUCUACACUUCAAUUCAGGACCAAAAUUUACCAGAGGCGUACUUUUCCCCCUCUGCCUUUUUUCCUUUUCCAUCCUCGUGUUUUCUCCUUUUUAUCUUUCUGUGCCCAGAUGACAUUUUAUAUUGACGUGUUUAUACAGGCCAAACAUUUUUACGUUAUUGUUCUUGUAGGUCUCGUGUACACAUGCACAUGUCCGUCUCUCUCCUUCGCGGAAGGGCUAGAAUUGUAUCAUUUUUUUAAUUUAAAUGUUGACUUCUCACACGUAAUGGAGAUUAAAUGUUUCAUUAUUUUCUAAGUGUAUUUUUGUACAAAAUCUAUCGAGGGGGUGUCAAUCGGUGAAUAUCGCUGUUUGGAUUUCCGAUUUUUAUGUCCAGGGGGUUGGGUUGUCUUAAAAUCUGCCCCCUAACCAUGUUUACAGUGUCAAUCUACAGGCUUCUUAAAGACACAGUAUCUCAUUUUUCCAGCAACUAGACAAACAAUCGAGCAUGCAGGAAGGUGUAGCGGCAGCAGUGUCUGCAUUUUAUGUCCUAAUGGGAGAUACUGUACAAUUAAUAAGAAUUUUAAACUAAACAACAUCUUUGUGAUUUUAUAGUCAAAAGGUCGGUUUUAACCACUGGAUGGAAAUACAAACACAUUCUAAAUGCCUAUUGAGUUCGCGAACAAUGAAGUACAGCUUCACUCAAUUGUAUUAGGAUAUUUAAUCUUUUUCUACUUGUUGGCUAAAUGUAGCUCAUUGUUUUAGUAUACUAUGGCAUGGCGAAUAGCAUUUGUACUUCUUAUUCAGGUUUAUGUAGAGCUGUUGUGUUUUAAACAAAAAAUGAUCAACGUGAAAAUAUCUAUGUACAUUGACUGUAUAUUAAGCAAAGACUGCGUGUUUAUGUCUGACGAUACCAUGGCAGGCACUAGAACUUCUAUCUUUAUCUAACGUCCCUAUGUUUAAAGUUGUUGUUCAUGAUUUUGGAAAAAAAAAAGUAUAUUAUAUGCAUUUUUUUAUCGUUUUCAUUUCGUGCAAUAUGAUGUGUACAAUAUUGUUUCUUUUUGUCUAAUCAUGCCAUAUCUCAAACAAUUGAGUAGAGAACUCAAUGCCAGCCAAUUGUGUCAUGUCACUGCCUGUCAGACCUCUGUACAGAACUUUGUUGUUUUUUCAUGAAGAAGGAAAUAAAAUCAGCUGGAACUGAAUCCCCAAA